AAGAAUUUCAAAACUAUCAACCUCUUCGAGAAACCUUUCCUGAAACGUGUUGGAGGCUCAGUUCAUCCGAUUGGGUACCAUAGCGUGGCUACACCAAGAGUGCAAAGUAUAUGCUGUGUCCCUGGCUUUCUCUCCCAGGUCCUUGCAAUAAUUCCAAGCUGUUUUUGCAAUCAAUAUCCUAUUCGGAUACUACCAGUGAUAGGAAGGUUUCAGUUUGUUCCAAACGAGCAAACACCUUGAUGGCUGUUGACGAAUGGAGCAAGUAAACAGCGGGGUAGGCCCGGGCCCGAUCGACUCCGUCAUCGCAGCGUGGGGUCAGACAUGCAGCCGUCAUCAUAGAGGCACUACUGUAGCUGUUGCCCUACAUCAACCCUCUUCAUUCCUUCCAAUAACUUGCUCCUUCUUCUGGACAUCUCAAAUCAACAUUGCGUCUGCCUUUCAGUUCACCCAUUCGACCUCCAAUUAACCAGCAUCACUGGCAACGUCAACAUACGAGGGGCAGACUUCCUUCCACCGAGCAACCUCGCUCAACGCCCACCUGUUUCCAAUCACGGACGUCAUCGAUGAAUGGCUAGUAGACUGCCCGUCAUCAAGUUGAAGCUCAACAUUACCAACAGCUGUUGUCAGAAAUCAUCACCGCAUUCCCAGAGACUCUCUACCAUCAUCUUUCGUUCUCUGUCGACCAAAGUCCCAAGGCUUCCCGCAACAGCUACCAAUCUCGACCAGAAGAUCUCCAAAACAUCACCACCGCGCUACACCAAACCACCAUCCAUCAACCGCUGCCUCACCGGCACUACUUCAACCACCUCAACCCCCUCCUCAACAACCGCCACCAAAAUGUCCACCUCCACCCCUCAACAAUCCAACCGCCAACCACUCCCCUCCACCCCACCCCCCUGGCGCGCCCCCUUUCUCUCCCACCUAACCUCCCUCCCUCCCUCCUCUCGCACCUUCGUUCUCUCCACCCUCCACCCUUUACCCCCUUCCUUAUCCUCCACCUCGACCCCGACCCCCGUCUCCUCCACCAUCCCCGUCCUCCCCCGCGCCCGCACCUGCGUCUGCCGCAGUCUCUGGGCCCAACUCGAAGCCAACCCGCACAACCCCGCCGAGCUGAACCCUCCCGGCGUGUUCGAAAGCGACAUGAUCGCCUUCACCACGGACGCCCGCAUGGAAAAAGCCGCCGAGAUCGUCGACACGGCCUCGGAAGAGCGGAUCGAAGCGGGCGGGGAGAUGACGGGCGGCGGGGGGCCCGUUGAGGCCGUAUUUUGGAUUGAGAAGGCUAAAGACGCCCAAACAGGAGAAGACAAAAAAGUGAUGACGCAGUGGCGGAUCCGUGGAUCAGCCUGGCUUUUGGGGCCGGACGUGGACAGUGAAGGGGCCAAGAAGGUGCGGGAGGUGUUGCGGCAGCGGAUGCGCAGACUGGAGGGCAAGACACAGGAGGAUGAGGAGCAAUGGAGCUGGAGCAGGGAGGUUACGGCGCAUUUUGGAAAUUUGAAUCCGGUCAUGAGGGGCACGUUUCGCGGGCCGCCGCCGGGACAGCCGGUGGCGUUCCCCCCUGGAAAAGGGGAGGGGUUGGGCCAGGAGGUGGUGGAUUUGCAGGAUGAGGUAGCCAGAAAGAAUUUCAGGGUGGUGGUGAUUGUGCCGACCGAGGUGGAUCAGGUGGAUUUGUCGGAUGCGAAGAGGGCGAGGCGGUGGUUGUAUUUGUGGAGGGGAAAUAGUUAUCAUGCGAAGGAGGCGGGCGGGGAGGUGCAGGGGGAGUGGGAGAAGGUUGAGGUUUGGCCUUAGAGGGAUUGGGAUUGGGAUUGGUUCGUGAUUUGGACUUGAGUGAGUCUUUUAGGUGUGUAUUAACAGAGGAAUGAAUGAAUAAUUGAACAGUCAACAUGCCAUGUAACAAACGGAUUACAGUGUUGGAGGAUAA